AAGCACGUGGCUAGCGAGGAAAUAUAUAUUGAGGGGAAAAUGCAACGUUCGCACCAGGAUGUGCAUGACAAUCCUUCCCACAAAGAAAAUGACGAAAUAAACAAAAAGAAGAAGAAAAUUUCGCACAACAUUUCCCCCUCUUCCCCAUUAUUUGUUAUGAAGGACUUUUUGCAACUUUGGUAUCGCGAUCCAAACGAAUGAGACGUUGCAAGGAAGUGACAUAGGUUAGUACAUGUGCCAACCCCCGACAAUGACUCCGCACCCAGGGGCGCAAUUGGAGCGGCUCAUCAAAGGCGAUGGGGCUCGCGCGACUCGGUGCGGGGGAUGUCUGUCGAUGGCGUACCAGAUACGGGGAAGCUGCCGAUUACAGCAAAGACCGGCUCUGGUCGGCACUGGGAGAUGCGGAGAAGAAUGCGACGUCAAUGGGGUUCUUUGCGGAAAAUCGCGGUCAAAAAACAAAAAAAAAAGACAAAAAAGUUUCUGUUGCUGGGAAAAGCAACGUGCGCGGGGGGAAUGGAUUACCUGGUGCGCGAGGUCUUGCCAAGGUAUAUAGGUGACAUGUUCCCGCCUGCUCGGUUCACGAUGCUGCGUCCGUCUCCUCCCUCCCUGUCCUGUCUAGCCGGCAGCAGAAGAAGCACUGAGUCCGCUGCAGUCUUUCCGAGAUGCGAGUCUCCCACCUCGUCGGCCUUGCGGCUUCCGCCGUCGCCGUGACCAUCAAGGUCUCACCGGACAAUGGCAAAAAGGCAUCCCCACUGGCCUAUGGCCUCAUGUUUGAGGACAUCAACCACAGUGGCGAUGGAGGCAUCUACGCCGAGCUGAUCAGUAAUCGUGCCUUUCAAGGCGACCAGUUUACGCCCGCCACCCUGAGCCCGUGGGAGAAGCAGGGUUCCGUGGCCGGCAUUCAGCUGACCAAGGACACGCCCAAGCCCGUGUCGCCCUCGCUUCCCUACUCGGUCUCGGUCCGCGCCACCGUCGACGGCCUCGACGAGGAGGUUGGCAUCUCGAACCCAGGCUACUGGGGCAUCGACGUGCUGCCUCAGACGUACACGGGAAGCUUCUGGGUCAUGGGCGACUACAAGGGAAACUUUACAGCGGCCUUUCGCGACGCGGCAAACGUCAACCCCGUCUACGCCAGCACCAAGAUCCAGUCGCGGUCUGUGGACGGCGAGUGGACCAAGCACGAGUUCACCAUCACCCCCGAUGCAGCCUACGGCCACAAAUGCCGCUUUGCCUUGACAUUUGUGCCGGAAAAGCCUGGCCAGACGCUCUACUUCAACCUGAUCAGCCUCUUCCCGCCCACCUACAAGGACCGCAAGAACGGAAUGCGCAAGGACCUCAUGAAGGCCAUUGAGGAUCUGAACCCGAGCUUCCUGAGGUUCCCCGGAGGUAACAACCUUCAGGGUCACUGGGAGGGUUCACGCUGGCGUUGGAACGAGACGCUCGGUGAUUUGGAAAACCGUCCCGGCAGGACAGGUGCCUGGACUUACUUCAACACCGAUGGUCUUGGUCUCAUUGAGUACAUGCUGUGGUGCGAUGACAUGAAGCUCGAGCCAAUCCUCAUCGUCUGGGCCGGUCUUUACCUCAAGGGCAUUGUGACCCCCGAGGAGAAACUUGGACUCUUUAUCCAGGACGCGCUCAACCAGAUCGAGUUUCUCACGGGGGAUGCCAGCACCGAAUACGGAGCCAAGCGGGCGGCUUUGGGCUACCCUAACCCCUGGAAGAUCAACUUUGUCGGCAUCGGCAACGAGGACCACUUCUCGGCCGGUAUGGACUCGUACAACAAGUAUCGCUUCCGCAUGUUCUACGAUGCCCUCCGCAAGGCAUACCCAGACAUGACGUUGCUGGCUUCGACUGUUGAGAUAGCCGAUCCGAUCCCCGAAGAUGUCGUUCUGGACUAUCACGAUUACGGAAACCCCAACGGUGCCGUGCGCAACUUCACGCUCUGGGACGACGAGGGCACGUCGCGCAACCACAAGGUCCUCGUGGGCGAGUACGGCGUCGCGCGCGCCAACGGCAACGAGGUGCUCUGGAAAGACCACCUGGCCCGGCCCUGGUGGAUCGCCUCGGUGGCCGAGGCCGUCUUCUGGAUCGGCAACGAGCGCCACCCGGACAAGAUCUACGGCAGCGCCUUUGCGCCGCUCCUGCAGCACGUCGACCAGUACCAGUGGAGCCCCAAUCUGAUCAGCUUCAACGCCAACACCUCGGCCACCACCCUGUCGACGAGCUACCACGUCAUCAAGCUCUUCAGCAACGCCCGCUUCACCGAGGUCCUGCCCGUCGACAACAGCGCCGAGUACAACCCGGCCUUUUGGGUCGCCGGCAAGAACGCCCACGCCAACAAGUUCCUGUGGAAGGCUGCCGUCUACAACGUUACUGGCGACGCCGGCGAGGUCGACUUUGACGUCGUCUUUCCCGGCGCCGUCGAGGGCAGCAGCGCGCAGCUCACCGUCUUGACCUCGUCGGAUCCCUUGAACGAGAAUCUGUUGGGAGAGGCUGACGUCGUCGUCACCGAGACGAGGAACGUCACGGCUGGACAGAACGGGUUUACUUUCAAGCUGCCUCAGUGGUCUGUUGCGCUGCUCGACUGGUCCGUUGUCGCGUGAGUGUAGCAUGAUGUGCUCAAAGUCUCGCUAUUUGCUUUGCAUUCACAUGUCGAAAGAGGAUAGAAC